AUGAGAGAACUUCAUCACCUUCUAACCCAAAAGCUUCCAGGAGUAUAUGUUGGCCAAUGGCAAAUGCGUUGUAAACUCUAUCUUGAAGAGCUACCCAACGUAGCCCAAAAAAAGAAUAUGUAUAGUAUUACAAUGUCACCAAACUUCAAUGAGACUCAAUAUUGUCUAGUGGAUAAUGUGAUCGUCGAGGCUCAAGGCGAUAUGGAAGCCAUACUUGCAAAACUGAGGAAUAUAUGGUCUUUGAGAAAGACUGUUGAUGCAGAGACUGAGUACCUUGCAACAGUUCACCCAUAUGCAUCUGAAUCUCUCCUUAACGAGUUUAUCUCUUUGAUAACGCCUUCCAAGGCAGUCAUAGAGAAAUGGAAACCUCAAGGAGACUCGUAUGCCAGUGUUGGGUUAAGCGAGACAGAGUUUACUGAUACACAUAGAGCAUAUCAAAUACUAAUGUUGUUAAAAAAGGAAAACCUGCUGUGA